AAUCAUCUCUCUCUCUUUUGAAAAAUGAUCUGUUCAUAUGGGUUAUUAUGAUGGUGGCGUUAGAUAAGGAUUAUUAAAAAUCACAUAAAAUGAUCUUCUUUCAAUGGUGAUAAUCUUGGUAAACGCGCAGUGAAACUCAGAGAAACCUAAUAGUCGGCCAAAUUCUUCCGGUAAUGGACACGUGGUAAUGUUUGUGUAUGUGAAUGAGAAGAGGAUAGUUGAGGUGGAGAAAUUCUCCGAGAAUACAGACUUUAUUCGUUAUGUUGUGAACGCAGCAAUGGAUGAGAAAAGUCUGAAGCUGCUUCCCUUGGACAUUGAAGACCAGGGUACCCAGAGGUGUAGAUUAGGACCAGGCACAAUGGCCAGUCUAGGACUGAAGAUUGGUAGCCUGGUUCAGAUCUCUCUCUUCGGUGGUCACUGCCUGUGCACAGCUUGGCCAAGAAGCGACCUGGCUGAAGGUUUCAUGCAGUUUGACUCAAAAUGCGUUACAGUAGAACUUAUUGGGAAAACAUAUAACAUGUGUAGCGUGAACCUUAAUCAGAUCAAAAUGGUACCCUGUACCAAACUAAAAUGCAUACAUGUUAAAGUAUUUGUUAAAAAUGUGGAAUUUAAAAAGGGAGCGACUUCUGCUCUGCUGCAUGAACUUGUAAAAGAAGUGCUUCGUAACGUUUAUGUUUCACAAAGCCAUGUCGUGUCCUUUGCAUCACUGGAAGCUCCUAUUGAAUUAAUUGAAAUUCAGAGCUUAAACCCUUCUACCUGUGAGGCUGGCCGUAUCACUGCUAAAACAAUCAUAGAGAUUACUGAAGUCAAGAGGCUGGAGAGUUACAUGAACCAGCUAAAGAAUUCUUCCAAGAUUCCGUUGGGUGGAAUGGAAGAUGUUUGCGCCUCACUUAAAGAAAUUUUAAACCUGCCGUUUCAUUAUCCAAGAACAUUACAGAGACUUGGUCUAUCUUGUCCUAAGGGAGUACUACUUGUUGGGCCUCCAGGGGUAGGGAAGACUCUGCUUGUAAGAAGUGUUGCUAGGGAGGUGUGUGCCCAUUUGGUCACUAUCAGUGGCCCAGUAAUACUGGGCUCGAGGCCAGGGGAGAGCGAAGAGAACCUGAGAAGAAUUUUUCAGCGGACUAAAGAGGCCUCUGAAGAUGGGCCGUGUGUCCUCUUCAUUGAUGAAUUGGAUUCGUUGUGCCCUAAGAGGACAGGCUCUACAAAUGCAACUGAAAACCGCCUUGUCGCUCAGCUUUUAACACUGAUGGAUGGUAUCGGGAGCGAGGGCCAUAUGGUCAUUAUGGCAGCGACCAACCGGCCAGAUGCUUUGGAUCCAGCGCUUAGGAGAUCGGGUCGGUUUGACAGAGAGGUCAUUAUUGGCGCCCCAACCCUGAAACAGAGGAAGUCUAUAUUAGAAAUGCUCAGCACACAGAUGCCUCUUUGCAGCGAUGUUGAUGUAGCCUCUUUAGCAGAAAUGACCACUGGAUAUGUUGGAGCUGACCUUACAGCACUCUGUAGAGAAGCUGCUUUGCAGGCAAUUCUCCACAGUAGCCAGGACGCGGGGAGUCACUUGAUAAGAAUGAGCAACUUUUUGGAAGCACUGAAGAAAGUUCAUCCAUCGUGCCUCAGAAGCAGCAUUGGUCAAACUGACUUCAGACCUGUUGCCUGGGAGCACAUUGGGGGUCUCGAAGAUGUCAAGUUAAAACUGAAACAGAGCAUUGAAUGGCCAAUGAAGUUCCCUGAAGCGUUUAUCAGGCUAGGACUGUCUCGCCCAAAAGGGGUUCUUCUGUAUGGACCUCCAGGCUGCGCUAAGACCACACUCGUGAAGGCCGCAGCCACCAGCUGUCACUGUUCCUUCCUGUCUGUCAGUGGAGCCGACCUCUUCUCUCCUUAUGUUGGAGACUCGGAGAAGACGCUGGCCCAGGUAUUCCAGCAAGCACGUGCGUGCGCCCCGUCAGUCUUGUUUCUGGACGAGAUCGACUCGAUCCUGGGAUCACGGGCAGAUAGUAAAGCCAGCAGAGGCGUUCAGGACAGAGUGCUGUCUGUGAUUCUCAACGAGUUAGAUGGGAUUGGACUGAAAGUGACGGAGAGGAGAGGACCAGCAAGUAAGAAAUGCCUACAGGAAGGUUUGCCAGAACAACAGGAAUGUGACAGGCAGCUUGAUUAUCAGGAGGUAUGCAACAAAGAUGUCCUGGUUGUAGCUGCAACGAACAGACCUGACCUGUUGGAUGAUGCGCUGCUACGACCUGGAAGAUUUGAUAAAAUCGUUUAUGUGCCGCCUCCUGACCAAGAGGCCAGGCUUGCUAUAUUGAAGAUUUGUACAGAGAAGAUGCCAUUAGACUCAGAUGUGUCCUUAGAAGAUGUAGCAGAAAAAACAAGUUUCUUCUCCGGAGCAGAUCUUGAAAAUCUUUGCAAAGAGGCUGCUUUGCUUACAUUACAAGAAGAAAGUCUGGAUGCUUCCUGUAUAAAACAUGCCUCCUUCGUGAUGUCAUUGGAAAAUACAAAGCCCUCCCUAACAGCACAGCAAAUUGAGUUUUAUCAGAAACUGUUAAAAAGAUAGUUUUUUAUUUUUAUUGCACUCUCCGUUUACCAGCCGUUUGUAGAAACCUGGAGAUUGAAGUGUCUUUACUGGUACAUCUUUUCACUGUACAAUAAAAUAUAUUACCUUUC